CAGCCAAUUUCCGUGAUGAUUUCUUUCUACUUCUAAGCGCGUGUUGCCUCCGUUCUUCGACGUCAUACUCGAGAGUUCAGUGCGGAAACGAGCCGAAGAAAUGGCGGAUCGAGAGGUGCAGAGUCGGAUUUCUUCGAGUGAGAUACGAAUCCAAAACAAAGAAAACGAAGAAAUUAUUAUAUCAGAGGCUCGGUUAAAUAAAGUAUUGAACAGGCAGUUGGAGCAUCACAUUAUAUAUUUUGAAAAUUCUAAAGUACUAUUUAUACCUUAUCCAAUCGAGACCAUCAGACAAUUCGUUACUUAUGUACAGAUGGACGAUCCCGGAUUGGCCUCUAUUAUACACGCUUUCGAUCUGUAUAAAUUAAGUUUAAGAUACGAGUUAGAGAAUUUAAAACUGAAAUGCAGGUCAUUUAUCAUUCGAAAAGUAAACCUGAAUACCGUGUGUUUAAUCCACGAUUUUGCAUGUGAGAUCGGUGAUCUGGUCAUAACUUAUUAUUGCUGGCGAGCUUUCGACGAAUACGGAGAAGAACUAUUUACAACAGUCACCUUUAUGUGCUGUAAAAUUGCAACAAUUGAUAGACUGCUAUCUCGAGCGAUAUAUGAAUCAGUCAGUGAGUUUCGUUUACUCCAAGCCGUGUAUGAGUGGAGCAUAGAAGAAGUUAAAAGAAAAUUGGGUGCAGACAACUUCCAUUCGAUGUAUGAAGAAUCGAAAAGGAAUGCAAUAAGAAAUGUUAUGGAGCCAUUUAUUGGAAAAGUCAGAUUUCUUGCCAUAAAUGAAGACGAAUUGCAAUCUUAUGUUUUUACAAUGAACUUGUUAAACGAAUUAGAAAAGAGUCAUAUCUGGCAUGCUUCUAAGUAUAAUUAUUAUUCCUUGUGUCCCAGUUACUUUAGUCGAGAAACAAAAACCAGAAGCAGAAGAAAUUAUUGUAACUUGUUCUCGUACAUAAAUUGUGGAGAUCCUUUUACGGUCGCGAACGGAGAAAUGAAAGGUUACACAUAUUUUAGCAGCGAAAUAGUUGUGAGAGAAAAUUGUUACGUCACGGCUCUUCGAUUUCCAAUGAAGCUUAGCGAACGUUUUCCAAUGUACGUACACGGGUAUAUUAAAAAGAAUUUGGACAACGAACAGUUUUCGUUUGACACCGUUUGCAAUGGAAACGGAGUAGCAGAUCUGGAAACGAAGUUUUAUCUAGAAAAAAAUUGGUCAAUUCGUUUCUUUGCUUUCUUUUUACGCGCUGAAAAUGUCCAACCCGAUAUCAAGUUUUCAUCUGAACUGAGUUACUUUGUGAGCGACGAAGGAACAGAUGCCAGGAAAUUUGAAGACAAAUUUAUAACCUGUGACGGAAACCUUCUGAAUAAUAUUUACUUUUCGGUUGAUUUAUAUUUUUGAAGUGAAGUUUCUGUGGAGAAAAGCGAAAUCUGAAAAGCGAAAUCUAUAAUGUAAAGUUAAAUUCGAAUAUGAUUAUUUCUUAAAGUACCGCUUUAAAAUUUCUGCAAAAUAUUGGAUUUACAGAAAACAAAAUUUAAGUUUAAAGUGUUUAUUAAUGUAAUAUUUUUUUUGAAAAGUGUAUUGUCAUUAGUCGAGUUGUUUAUAUUUCAAAAUUUAGUAUUUGCAAAUCUAUCAGCAUCAAGAACGUUUAUAAUUGUCAGCAUUUUAAUGCUAAUUACGUGGGUGAUUUUAAUAUUUUUAUUGAAGUAGAUGUUCGAGAAAGUAAUAUAAUUACAAUCAUACAGCAUUAAUCUUUUCUUUAUUCAUGUUAAUAACGAUAGAAAUAAGAAAAGUUAAAACUAGAAUUUAUGUCUAAAUGUACGAGCUAUUCGAUAUCCAUGUUUCAAUUUUAUUAUUUACAGUAUUGUUCUUUGUAUUCGUUGUAUAGAAUGUGAUGUUUUACCAUUCUUUUCAUCUACGACGCUUUGCGUAAAUGUAAUUGACUUCAAAUUUGAUUUUUUUAAGUAAAAGUGCCCGGAAAUCUUAUUCGGUUACUGACAUUUUCCGUUAAAAGAACAGUGCAGUGCGUUUAGAACGAGUUGACGACAGAAUUUCAGAACAGAAGCAGUUUGCAUAAAAGAUCACUAUUCAAAAGAAGCUUUAUAAGGUGUAUCUUUAAUACUACGGAAUAUCAUCUAUUUAAUACUACGGGAUUACACUUUGGUAGUUUUGAUAGCGGUACUGUACUUAUUUUUAAUACUAAACAAUGGGACAUUGAAGACCAUUUAGAAAUUUUCGACGAAUUUUUUUAAAAUGUACAAUUUUUAAAAAUAAAUAUAAAAAUAUUCAUUUAUUAUA